AUGGGGAAGUUCAAUCUCCUUCUUUUGGCGAGCUUGGCUGCCAAACUCGCGGCGGCCAAGGACGUUUACCUGGAUUGGAAUGUCACUUGGGUUAAUGCCUCUCCCGAUGGAUUUGAGAGACCCGUCAUCGGUAUCAAUGGUCAAUGGCCCUGCCCUCAGAUCGAUGUGGACGUCGGUGAUCGUCUGAUCGUCGACGUGUAUAACGGUCUGGGCAAUCAGUCUACCGGCAUCCAUUGGCACGGCUUCCACCAGUAUGCCACCGGUGUUAUGGAUGGUGCUAGCGGCGUCACUCAGUGCCCUUUGGCCCCGGGCUCGCACAUGCAGUAUCAUUUCGAUGUUAACCAAACUGGAACUUACUGGUAUCACUCUCACAACAUGGCUCAGUACCCCGAUGGCUUCCGUGGCCCUCUGAUCGUUCAUGACCCCAAGGCGCCUUUCCACUAUGAUGAGGAGUUCACUAUGACUUUGACCGAUUGGUACCACCGCCAGAUGCCUGACCUGCUCAAGGAGUAUGAGUCGGAGGAGAACGAGGCUGCCUUUGGUGGCCUUGAGCCCGUUCCCAACUCUGCUUUGAUCAAUGAUAACAGCAACACCAAGAUCAAGGUGCUGCCCAACAAGACCUACUUGGUGCAUAUUGUCUGCCUCGGUAACUGGCCUGGUCACACUUGGGUCUUCGAUGGCCAUGAGAUGACGGUCGUGGAGGUUGAUGGAAUUUACACCGAGCCUACCCCUGUUGGUGACAAGCUGCUUCGUAUUGCCACUGGACAGCGUAUGUCUGUCUUGAUACACACCAAGGCCGAUGCGAGCAAGAAUUUUGCCAUUUGGGACACCAUGGAUAUUAAUAUGAUGUUCAUCUUCGAGGGUCGUCCCAUUCCCCAGGGAUACAACCCCAAUGCUACUGCUUGGCUCGUCUACGACGAGGCGAAGCCCUUGCCCCCGCCCCCGGUGUUCCAUGAGCUUACCCCCGAUCACUUCAUUGAUGAUGUCCUUCUGGUCCCUCUGGAUAAGGAGCCCGUGCUUGAGCCCGUUCAGCACCAGAUCAUCAUCGACGCCUUCUCAACUGAGAUCGACGGAGUCAAGCGCUUCACUGUCAACAACAAGACCUACAUCCCGCAGGAUGUUCCGACUCUGUACACCGCGAACACGAUUGGAGCCGAGUUCUCUUCCAACCCCGAGGUCUACGGUCAAGUCAAUCCCUUCAUCGUCAAAUACGGAGAGGUCGUCGAGAUUGUCAUCAACAACCACCACAACAACCUGCACCCGUGGCAUUUGCACGGUCACCAGUUCCAGGUUCUGCAGAGAACCCCCGUCGACGGCGGCUACUUCACUGGUCAAUAUAAGAAUGUGUCCCACACUCCCAUCAAGCGCGAUACCAUCAUGGUUCAGAAUCAUGGCCACGUGGUCAUUCGCUUCCGUGCAGACAACCCCGGUGUCUGGCUCCUGCACUGUCACGUCGAAUGGCACGUCGAGGCCGGCCUGAUGGCCACGAUCAUCGAGGCUCCUGAGACUUUCCCUCAGUCCGAGCAUGCUCCUCCCAAGAGCCACUACGACGCUUGCGCUGCCUACCCUGAUCCUUCCAACGGCAACGCCGCUGGCAAGCAGGGUCUUGAUUUGACCGGUGCCAACACUCAGAUCCCCGCUGAGAACCACGGUGCUAUGUACCCGCCCGGAAAGUCUAGCAAGGCGCCUUCCCCGCCGCCCCAGCAGCCCAAGCCGACUACUUCGGCCUCGCCUGCGCCUGCUCCUACUCAGCAGGCUCCUCCCCCGCCUCCGGGUCAGCCCCCGGUUCGCCCGACUCACUACCAGUCCCCACCGCCUCAUCAGGCCCCGGCUCCCAAGCCUGCCGUCGAGCAAGCCCCGGCUCCCAAGCCUGCCGUCGAGCAAGCCCCGGCUCCCAAGCCCGCCGUCGAGCAAGCUCCCGCUCCCAAGCCCGUUGUUGAGCAAGCUCCCGCUCCCGCUCCCGAGCCUCAAGUUGCUCCCAAACCCCCUGCUCAACCCGUUGAGGCCAUCCAGCCUAUGACCGAGGCCCAGCCGACUGACUACUAUCCUGAGCCUGUGCAGCCGCCUGCGCAUGAUGAGCCCAUCUACGCGCACCAGGAUGAAUCCGAUGGACCUUGGCCCCAGCCUCACACCGACCACAACCAUGCUCAGGUCGGCGAUGGUUCCGAUGGUCCGGCUGACGUUGCCGAUACUCAGGACAUCAAAGGUCCAUGGCCCAACCCCCACGCCGACAAGUCCUACGCUCAAGUCGGCGGCGAACCUGGCGAGGCACCCAUUGAGGUUACCAACACUGAUACCAAGGGCUCUUGGCCUUAUCCUCAAAGCAACGAUCAGUACAUCACGGAGGGUGAUCAUACCUACCACCAGCACGACGAUGGGCCCAAGGAUCUUCCCAAGGGCUACGAGUACUGGCAGCAGUACGAGCGACAGGAGUAG